AUGAACAAGCAAACAAAUAACGUUGCCGAAAUUAAUGAAAGAAACGGGUUGAAGAUUUUAAUUACCGGUGGAUGUGGAUUCAUAGGAAAACACUUGGCCAAAUACCUCCACAAUCGUGGCGACCAAGUUCGAAUUGUAGACAUUUCACAAGAUUUAUCCGAAAGACCAGAAAAUUAUUGUACCGAAUUUAUUAUUGGUGAUCUAAGAGACUUGUCAAUAUGCCGUAAGGCGGUAAAAGGUGUUGAUUGGGUUUUUCAUUUCGCCUCAAACACAGGUGGAAUAGGGCUUAUUCAUGAAUUAAACAAUUUUACCACAUACAAAAAUAAUCAUUUAAUCACAGUAAACAUAGCACAAGCUUCAAUUGAGUCAGGAAUAAAAAGGUUCUUUUAUGCAUCAUCGGCAUGCAUAUACCCGCAAGAAAAACAACUGAAUCCUAAUGAGAUGAAUUUAAAACUAAAAGAAACCGAUGCGUGGUACAUAGCUGAUAAAGAACCUGGACCCGAUCCAGAAGGUCUAUACGGUCGCGAAAAACUUAAUGGAGAGAUUUUUUUAAUGGAAUUCAAAAAUUCGACAAAAAUUAGAAUUGCAAGAUUCCAUAAUAUAUUUGGAGAGGGCAAUAAUUGGGUUGGAGGAAGAGAGAAUGCUCUAGCCUCACUGAUUCGUAAGGCAAUUUGUUCAAACAACGAAAGGGGGAAUUAUGAAAUGGAGAUAUGGGGUUCGGGUGAUCAACGUCGUAGUUUUUUAUACAUUGAAGACUGUGUCGACGCCAUAAUUAAAUUAAUGGAGAACGAUUAUUCUAAACCAUUAAAUAUUGGAUCCGAUAAUGCUAUUUCAAUAAGAGAAUUAGCUUAUAUUGCUUUCGAAACUAUUGGAAUAGCGAAAGAACAAGUCAGGUUGAUUACAGAUGAGAACAAGCCUGUCGGUGUCCAAAACAGAAAUUCGGAUAAUACACUAAUUAGUCAAGUUCUUGGGUGGUCGCCUAAAACAUCGAUUAAAAAAGGUAUGGAGAGAACGACGAUGUGGAUAAAAAAUGAAAUUGAUAAAGAGCUUAACAAAUGUGAAAAUGAGUUAAUGAAGAAAGAAUUAAAAGAAAACUACAGAAAAAGUAAUGUAACGAAAAUUUUAAAAGAAGGAAUCAAGUUCGGAAUUCUUCUUCCGAUUACAUCUCGCGGCUUAGAAAGUCCGAAAGAUUGUCUUCAUAAUCUCCAUAAUUUCGCCCAGAGUGUUUAUGAAACUACACAGAUAGACAUUGCGGGUAUGAAUGGUAUUAAAUUUUCUCUAAAGUUCUUUAUAGGGAUUGAUAAGGACGACGCUUUAUUCCAUCCUAUUGAGAAUAAUAUAGCUGAGCAAAUACUUAAAGAACACGGAUUUGAUGAUGUAGAAACGCGUGAAUUUGAUUUGCCUCCUGGAUUUAUAUGCAAAAUUUGGCACGAUUUAGCAAUAGACGCGUAUAAUCAAACGUGUGAUUAUAUAGUACUUUUGGGUGAUGACAUCAUAAUUGAAAGCACCAACUGGAUGUCGAAAAUUCAUGAAGAGUUUAUGAAAAUUUCAAAUGAAAAAAAAGUGCCAUGUGGUUUUGGAAUAGUUGCAUUUACAGAAUUAACAUUUCCGGGAUUUCCUACAUUUCCUGUAAUGUCACGACUCAAUAUUGAUAUAUUUAAUGGUGAACCAUUUCCUGAUGUAUUUACCAAUCAAGAUGCAGACCCUUUUCUUUUCCAAUUAUAUCGGCGCUUCGGUUGUUCAAUAAUGUCCAAAAAAAUUAAACUCAUGAAUCUUAUAGGAGGCAGUAAAAAACCUCGUUAUAAAAGAAUAUUUCAUGACUGGAGCUUUUCGGUUUUAGAUAAUGCAGUAUUAUCUGUUGAAAAAUGGAUGCACAAAAAUAUCGAAAAUCCUGCUCCUAAACUCCUUACUCUAGAUAUAAUUGUGCCAACGUACAGGGUUCAAAUGCAAUUUCUAGAGCCUAUAAUCCGGCUCAAAAGAUCAAAUACCGCUUCUACAUCUAUAAUAUUUAUUGUGGAUAAUCCAAAUUCACCAUAUAUUCGAGAUCUAAAAAAAUUUGAAUAUGACGCAUUCAUUAAAAUUCGUGUCCAAGGAAAAAACCUUGGUGCAAGCGAAGCUAGAAAUCGUGGAUUAUCAGAAUCUAAUGCGGAUUAUGUUUUAUUUCUAGAUGAUGAUGUAGUCCCACAACCAGAUAUUCUAAUAGAAGCAGAGAAAGUAAUCCGCAAGUAUCCAAACGCCUGUGGAUUUGUUGGAUGUACAAAAUUCCCAGAUCCGCAUAAAGCAAUUUUUACAAGCGCCGUGAAAAUGGCAGGAGUAACUUAUUUUUGGGACAUUGCAGAGCAAAUUGAGGAAAACGUUCCAUGGGGAGUGACGGCAAACUUAUUAGUUCGUCGUUAUAAAGAUAAUAUUAAGUUUGAUCCUCAAUUCCCGAUAACAGGAGGUGGUGAAGACAUUGAUUAUUGUCUUCAAAAAAGUAAAUUUUUCACACAAAAUAUUAAAGACGGUGAAGGUUUCCGAGGAGCACCUUCAGUAAGAGCAAUGCAUCCUUGGUGGAAUAAUGGAAAAAGAUCAUAUCUUAGAUUUUUCAAAUGGGCGUAUGGUGAUGGAAGAUUAAUUAAAAUGUAUCCAGAAUACUCCUAUAGAGACAAUUUCCCCAAUAACGCAGAACUUUUAUUAAUGCACUUGUCUCUUCUUAUAAUUCUCCUUUUGGCAAAAAUUUUGAUAAGCGACAAAAUAUUAAAUGAGCUAACGUUCUUUACAAAUAUGUCACUAUUAUUAGUAAUUGUUGCGAAUAUGUUUAUUGAUAUUAUUCGUUUUGUGAUAUUAGAACCUGAAUCAUAUGUUCCAGAAUUGAAAGGAUAUCGUCGCAUAAUCGCGGCAGCAGAAUCAACCAUCAUACGAAUGGCUAGUGAAUCAGGAAGACUUUAUGGAAUACUAAUCAGAAAAGAGUGGGGUUAUGUUGGAUGGAGAUUCGACUGGUUCACUGGUAGAUUAGGUGAAGAUACCAAGAACAUUGAAAAGCAAUUUUCGAUGAUGAGAUUUAGCGUAUGGGCAUUUUUCGUUCUUAUUGCAUUUUUAUUUGUGUAA